AUGAGUUUGGCAAAUUUGGCAGAAGCUGCUGCCGCCGCGUCAGACGGCUGUUUAACAUCAGCACAAGAUAAAGAUAAUCGUUGGCCGACCGAUGCAGCGAGCUAUAAACUCGAGGAAUCAAUUGGAAUCGGAGCAACUGCUACCGUUUACACAGCAAUUUGUAUUCCACGAAAUGAGCGUGUCGCAAUUAAGUGUAUUAAUCUGGAAAAAUGUCAGACCUCGGUCGAUGAAUUGAGCCAUGAGAUUCAGGCAAUGUCACAAUGCAAUCAUCCGAACGUUGUCAGUUAUUACACUUCUUUCGUGGCCUCAGAAGAGCUUUGGGUUGUAAUGCGUUUAUUGAACUGCGGUUCAAUGCUUGACAUCCUUAAACGAAAACUUAAGGCGAUCGGAAAAGAGCAGGCCAUGUUCGGAGUUUUGGAUGAAGUCAGUAUUGCGACAGUUUUGAGGGAAGUCCUCAAAGGUUUGGAAUAUUUUCAUUCGAAUGGACAAAUUCAUCGCGACAUCAAAGCCGGAAAUAUACUUCUUGCGGAUGACGGAACUAUCCAAAUAGCAGACUUUGGGGUCUCCGGUUGGUUGGCGUCUUCUGGAGGAGAUUUAUCCAGACAGAAAGUGCGCCAUACGUUUGUUGGAACUCCGUGCUGGAUGGCACCGGAAGUUAUGGAGCAGGUUCAAGGAUAUGACUUCAAAGCGGAUAUUUGGAGUCUCGGAAUACUUGCAAUUGAACUUGCCACCGGAACUGCUCCAUAUCAUAAAUAUCCACCAAUGAAAGUACUCAUGCUCACUCUUCAAAACGAUCCACCAACGCUUGAGACGAAUGCUGAACGCAAGGAUCAAUAUAAGGCUUAUGGAAAAUCUUUCAGAACACUUAUUCGCGACUGCCUCCAGAAAGAUCCUGCUAAGCGUCCAACCGCCGCUGAACUUCUCAAAUACUCAUUCUUCAAAAAAUCAAAGGACAAGAAAUACCUUGUACACACUUUAAUCGAGAAUUUGGCGUCUGUUCCAGUUAUCAGUCAUCACAGCACCAAAAAAGUGGCAUCCGGAAAGUUGCGAAAAGAUCAAUAUGGAAAUUGGGAAUUUGAAUAUGACAGUCCCGAAAGUGAUACAGAUGACGAGGACGACGAUGGCCAGAUGAAAGAACCGCGAAAAUCGGAUAGAGAUGCCAACAGUGGAAACUCGCAAAACGAUGAUUCAUCAGAAACCCUCAAUCUCGUGCUUAGAGUUCGUAAUCAACAAAGGGAACUUAAUGACAUUAAGUUUGAUUACACGAAAUCUGCUGAUACGGUGGAAGGAAUUGCUCAUGAGCUAGUGACCGCCGAACUCAUCGAUUGCCACGACUUGGUCAUUGUCGCUGCAAAUCUUCAGAAGCUCAUCGAUUUGGCCGAACAGAAAUCUGAUAAAAGAUCAAUCACAUUCGCCUUGAAUUCCGGAGUCGCUGCCAACGAGGUGCCUGAUGAACGAACACUCACAGGAUUUGCACAAAUUUCGCUUCUUGAUUAA